CUCUACAGUUGUUUUACCAUCAUGUAAUGAGAGUUCCAAUAAGUUUUGCACUAACGUUUCUAACUCCGAGCUGAAAGCUAUAAUUCCUCGAUUCUCAGUUUUUUUUUAAAAAAAGAUUUCCUGCGCGCUCUGUCAAUUAUAAUAACCGCCACCUAAACAUCGAUUCUUAAGAGUGUUGUGUUUAUCCAUUUCCCGUACAAACACCUCCGAUUCCAACAAUGGCGCCAUCCGUAACACUGGUUGACUUUGACACCGUGAAGUCAAAGUCUCAUAACCUAAGUCUUGUCGACCACGAAGAUCAUGAUUUGGUGUUGCGGACGUUUCGGGUUCUAAUAGCAGACCUCGUGCAGCAUUUCAAUGGCGGUCAUCCAGGAGGUGCGAUGGGCAUGGCAGCAAUUGGUGUCGCCCUUUGGCGGUACACUAUGAAAUAUUCUCCUGAUCACCCGGAGUGGUUUAAUCGCGAUAGAUUCAUCUUAUCAAAUGGGCAUACGUGUUUGUUUCAAUAUUCAUUUCUUCAUUUAUUAGGGUACAAGCAUAUGACCUUGGAUCAACUUAAAACCUACCACUCCCCGUCCCCAGACUCAUUUUGUCCAGGGCAUCCGGAGAGAGAGCAUACUGGGAUAGAAGUCACGACCGGUCCUCUUGGCCAAGGAAUUGCCAAUGCGGUUGGAAUGGCCAUGGCGACGAAGCACUUGGCAGCAACUUACAACAGACCUGGCUUCGACAUUAUUAACAAUACAACCUGGUGUAUGACUGGCGACGCAUGCCUCCAAGAGGGUGUUGGGCUAGAAGCCAUUUCUCUAGCCGGACACUGGAAACUGAACAACCUUGUUUUAAUAUUUGACAAUAACAACGUCACUUGUGAUGGAAGUGCAGAUGUUGCAAAUACAGAAGAUAUCAAUGCGAAGAUGGCGGCGAGCGGGUGGAAUGUUAUUGAGGUUCUAGACGGGUCGAACGAUGUGCAAAGUAUCACGAACGCUUUAGCCGCCGCACGAGACAGCAGCGAGAAACCGACUUUCAUCAACUGCCACACUGUGAUUGGUAUUGGAAGUGCGGUUGCAGGAGACGCCAAGGCUCAUGGUGCUGCGUUUGGUGAAGAAGACGUGAAGAAUAUUCAUCAGAAAUUCGGCUUCGACCCAGAGGAGCGGUUUAACGUUCCGGACAAAGUGUAUGACUUCUUUAGAAAGGACCUCCGUUCCCGGGCUGAUUCAGUGGACCAAUGGGAGGUUUUGCUGGAUUCAUACUGCAAAGCCCACUCAGAGUUGGGCGAUGAGUUGCGGCAAAGAAUUAAAGGGGAGCUGCCGAGCAACUGGGAGAAUGUUAUUCCAAAGUCGUUCCCCACAUCACCAACAGCAAGCCGCAAAUCUGCAGGCCUUGUUUGCAAUCCGCUGGCAAAAACAAUUCCGAAUUUUAUGGUAGGCACUGCAGAUCUAUCACCAAGUGUCCAUAUGAGUUGGCCUGGAAAGGUGGACUUUCAAAGUCCCACCCUUAAAACCGUAUGUGGUAUUAAUGGCAACUACAGUGGGCGCUAUAUACAUUAUGGUAUCAGAGAGCAUGCUAUGGCUUCUAUAGCAAAUGGACUUGCUGCCUUCAACCGUGGGACUAUCAUACCCGUCACAUCCAGCUUCUUCAUGUUCUAUUUGUACGCCGCGCCUGGAGUCCGCAUGGGGGCUCUCCAGGAGCUCCAGGUCAUCCAUAUAGCAACCCACGACAGCAUCGGCACAGGAGAAGACGGACCUACUCACCAGCCCAUUGAGUUGGCAGCCUUGUACCGUGCUAUGCCUAAUCUCCUAUACAUUCGACCAUGUGAUUCAGAAGAGGUUGCUGGCGCGAUGACUGUGGCGUUGAAGUCUAAGCAUAGAUCGACAAUUAUCUCUACGUCAAGACAGAAUCUACCGCAGCAUGUGGAGAGCAAUCGAUAUUCCGUCAGAUAUGGUGCUUAUGUAUUCCGUGAGAAGGAAGAUGCAGCAGUAACACUCAUCGGCGUCGGCUCCGAAAUGUGCUUUGCUGUCGAAGCUGCUGAGGAUCUGGAGAGAAAUGGUGUUAAAGCCCGCAUCAUCAGCUUCCCAUGCCAAAGGUUAUUCGAAGAGCAGAGUCGCGAGUACAGAAGAAGCGUGUUGCGCCGGGUGGAAACGCUAGUCGUGGUUGUUGAGGCGUAUGCUGCGAACGGAUGGGAGCGUUAUGCCGACGCGAGUAUCUCGAUGAAGUCGUUUGGGAAAAGUUUACCCGGAAAAGACGCCUAUAAAUAUUUCGGAUUCGACGGUAAGGUUAUAUCGUGUAAGAUUUUGGCGCAUCUAGACGCUAUUGAACAACAACGGGCUCUCAAGAGCGAAUUUAUAGAGCUUUAA